AUGGGUGACCCUAAAUCCAGAACCCAGAAACGCUGCUGUGGAGGCGGCGAGGUCGGAGGUGGCGAGGUCGGAGGUCCUGUGUUGAUCGUCGCCUUCUCGAAGCCUUCCUCCAAAUCCCACCGCCGAACAGAGCAGAUCCCCUACCGCCGGUGCACCACGAGGACGAAGACCCAGCUCAACACAGCACCUCGCCUGGCUUGCCACCACCCAAAAGCCACAGGGCAACACAGCAGACAGCACCGACGGGCGACGAUCAACCAAGACCUCCGACCUCGCCACCUCCGACCUCGCCGCCUCCACCAGCAGCGUUUCUGGGUUCUGGAUUUAGGGUCACCCACGAUCAAGACAGCCCCUCCCAAUCUCCCACCCAGCCACCGAUUGAAGUGCAUAUGGAGCCCGAGCCAUCUAUUCAGGGUGAUGAAGCCCUUGUUGCAUGGAGACUAUCCCACUUCCAUGAAGAAAAUUGCAGGUGAAAGAAUUCCAACCUUCACAGAUCGUGAAUCAAAACUAGUUAAGGGUUCAUAUGGCUUCAUAGGUUUAAUUCACUACACAAAUAUUAAUAUCACAUACAAUUCCUUGGUUCUGGAGAGCAAUCUGAGAGAUUUCAGUGCAGAUAUGGCCGUGCUCAUGCGUAAGUAAUUCAUUGUGUAGCUAUGUUUAAUUCUAGUGAAUCUAGUAAGAGACUGGAGUUGAGAGACUAGAGUUGUUCUAUAAACUUGAAAUACUGACUGCAUCGCUUAUGUUUUUCUCAUCCUUAUGUGUAAUUUACAACUGACUCUUUGGUAUUAUUUAGCAUUUUUCUCUAACAAUU